AUGGCCGAGAGCUCGCGUGCAAAGGCCUUCUUCGUGCUGGUCAAGAACCUGGUCCUCGCAGCUGGAGUCUACGCCAUAAUCUAUGGAGUCAUAACCCUUGUGAGCGACCCUACCGUGGGCGCCAAAGGGAAGCUCGGCAUCCCCGCCUUCCUGGACAAGACUGGCCCGACUGAGCUGAUCAAGACGACAAAGUCAGGGGUGCAGGUCAAGUUUGCCAGUUCCACCAAGACCGUGACCAUCAACCCUCACGCCAACGUCUUCAACCGACCUGUGACCGCCGUCAAAGCCAAGGACGAUUUCAUGGGACCCCGCCCUCACGUCGAUACCGAGGCUGAUCUACACAUGUUGGUCGAGGAGUGCAGAGGCACCUACACUGGUAUCGAGAAGAUGCGGAACGUCUUCGACUGCCUGCAGUUCUUCGCAAACGACGAGAAGCGUUACUAUGGUCUCCCAGAGCAGGCUGACCGUGCGAGCGCUCAAGAUCCCCGCCAAGCAGAGUAUGCAGACGCCGACGGCCACGGUAGGACUUUGAAGAAGUACAUUUCCGUGGACCAGGCAAAACCCGCCAACGGCUCAGACAUCGGUACCUGCCCCGGGCCUAUCGUUCCCUAUCACGUCUACUGGACUGGCCCGGCCACUUGGCGUGUCGAAGCAUUCAUCAAGAGCUAUCUUUACACCCAAAACCUUGCCUGCUCGCGGCUUUGGCUCUGGCUUGACAGUGAUCGAAACCCGCAUGCGGUCCAAGACAUGCUCAACAAAGACGCACUGUUCGCCCGAUUCCUCCCCUUCGUCGAGCGCGGCGAUGUAGUGCUCAAGGCUUGGAAAUUCCCGUCUAGGAUCCCGCUACCAAAGGACGAAGAGAACAAAAACGGUUAUGGCUACUACAGCACGCCUGGAAAACCCAAUAUCAAGGGUGAGAAGGCCGUUGCCGAAAACAUCGUGGAAGACAACAACGGACAACAGUGGCUUGUGUUGACUCCGAAACAAAUGACGUUCUUGCCCGUGGCUGUCUCAGAUGCGGUUCGCUUCGUCGUCCUACACAUUCACGGUGGCGCUUACUUUGACAUGGAUGUGCUGAUGCUCAGAGACAUGCGCCCACUCCUUCUUCCCAAAGAGCAUGCAUUUGCCGAGCGCUGGGCUGCCCACCCCCACCCUGGAGACUACAACACCGCUAUCAUGUCGCUCACCGCAAAUUCUUCCAUCUCGGCUUAUAUGCUGUACGGCGGAAUUCGCAUGGGUCUCAACUUCCAUCCACGAGUAUUGGGCCGCAUGGCCUGGAAAGAAAGUCGCGAUCAAGAAUUUUUGAUGCUCGAAACAGCCGCAUUUGACCCCAUUUGGACUGAGUUCAACUGGGACCGCGAAGGUCGGUGCACUGUACCGUGCCUGCGAGACUACGGCGCCGCUUUCAGAGGCAAAGAGGGAGCGCUCAAAGACGAAUGGGAGAGCUACGACGGCCCCCAACUGAAAGCCAUCGAUCUGCAGGAGGCGCAGUCCAACGAGCUGCGCAAGCGCGGCCGCGAAGAUCACGAAAACGUACCCGCUUCAGCCUCUGCACCGACUCCCAAGUCCGAGCACGUGGACUCGUUCCAAGCGACCCUAGACGAAGAGGUAGAACUGCGCCGAGCUGGUGUUGUCGCAGACUACGUGCUCUCCGAGGACAAGUUCCCACCGAACAACCGCACCCUUGAAAACUUCUUCCGUGGCGCUUGGACGUACCACAUCCACAACCAGUGGCUCAAACAUCCAGAACCCUCUUCGUGGUUGUCAGUCCUUGAGCAAGCACAAGAUGGCUUCUUCGCAGGCGGACGCGUAAAUCCCUACGGCGAGAAAUGGACCGGUCCUAAACUGAUGCCUUACAACUACUGGCCUGAGUUCGUGUGA